AGGCCACGGUUGGUGACAUCCACCAGCGACACGUCAACCAGACGGAAGAAGCUCUCUGUCCAACCAGCCUGUCGCUGCAUUCGUAAAAUUAGGAUUUGUUCUUACCGAAAUGGGUGGUUUGUUCUCUAGCCUCUUCUCGGGCCUGUUUGGCACCAGGGAAAUGAGGAUUUUAAUCCUGGGUUUGGACGGUGCAGGAAAAACCACUAUUCUGUACAGGCUUCAGGUUGGAGAGGUGGUCACCACAAUCCCCACGAUCGGCUUCAACGUCGAGACAGUCACAUACAAGAACCUGAAGUUCCAGGUUUGGGAUCUGGGAGGACAGACGAGUAUCAGGCCCUACUGGCGGUGUUACUACUCAAACACAGACGCCGUCAUCUACGUCGUCGACAGCAGCGACCGCGACAGGAUGGGCAUCUCCAAGUCCGAGCUGGUGGCCAUGUUGGAGGAAGAGGAGCUGAAGAAGGCGAUCCUCGUGGUGUUUGCCAACAAACAGGACAUGGACCAGGCGAUGACGCCGACUGAAGUCGCCAACUCUCUGGGCCUUCCUGCCCUCAAAGACAGAAAAUGGCAGAUCUUCAAGACUUCGGCCUUGAAGGGCACAGGCCUGGACGAGGCUAUGGAGUGGCUGGUGGAUUCAUUGAAGAGUCGGCAGUAAAGGACGCCACCCCUUCUGUACAUACUCCUGACCUUUCACCCCUCUGUAUGAAGCCUUGUGACUGACCCCAUCCCCCCAUUUCCCACUUUCUUUGGACUGGUGAUUGCACUCCUAUUCUCUCCUCUAUCCUUUCCCCCCCUCCACCCACCUUACACCCAUCUGAAGCCUUGGCCAAAUCCUCCCAAUGCCUAACGCCUUUCAAGCCUGGGACUGAGAAGCGAAGGCUGCAGUAACAUCCGGACCGGACGCACAAAGUUUCCGGAGAACCUCAAGACCGAGGGACAACAGUUCGAUCGCGGUUUCCACAUUUUAAAAUUCAGAAAUGUGUCAGUUGUGAAAACGAAUGCUAAGUUUCUUAUUCCGUUUGCAGUAGUUUUGACACUAUAAUAAAUCAUCAUGUGGUUUAAGUGGAGAUUCUGUAGCAUUUCAGUUGUGCGUAGAGCCACCAGGGGGCAUCAGCGAGUCUUCAGGGGGCGAGUUUAACAUAGCCAGGCUUACUUUGUGUUAGCUGGCUUGACAAAACCUGGUUAGCAACUUUCUCCGUUAACCAGGUUUGUAAAAAAAAAUUAGGCUCCAUGUGCUCCCAUAAAAGUGACAUUUUACUCUUUUUUUCUGCACAAACUGAUCUUCAAUCAAGAACAGGUGGUUGUACUGAAGCAUGUAAAAAUACAACAGACAGAACACUGCUUCUUCUUCUCACAGCUGUUUCAAAUCCCAAUCUGUGAACAGAGUCUCCUCCAGACGAGGUCAGCUGUGCAGGUUAAAAAAGAGCCAAUCAGACAAACCUCUGCUGACUUGUAUGAGACUGAUUUCCUUCACUAUAUCCCAAAGUAUUUCUCUGCACCCACUGUCCUCAAGCCAAGUGUUACUGCAGCCUCUGCUGUUUUUGUACUAUAUAGUCUGGCAGAUGCAAUGUCAUGGAUUUUCUAUUUGUUUUUUUUCUUCUUCCUGUUGAUUUGUGUCGUUUUAAAUAAUUUAGUGGUUAAAACCUUUUUUUUCCCCUCUCCCUCUAUUGAAACCCUUUGGUUGCAGCUUUGGCAUAUUAGUCACUGAACACUAACUGUAUGCUCAAAGUUUUCUGGUUGCAUAUUUAUAUCUGCUUGUACAGUGAAAAUGAUUCUCAGUAAAGAUUGCUAUCAGUGAUUGUA